AUGAGUAAAGGAGAGAUUCCGCAGUUGGACGCUGCCGCACGGGUAAUUCAACGAGCGUGGAGGCGAUUUACCAACAUGGAACCGUACAAGUGGUGCCGAAAUAUGCUUUUCCACGCGCAGAACAGUGGCAACCCGCAGGACAUUCUUAGGCUCGUCUCUCCACACGAUACUCAAUUAGCUGAUCACGCAACUGGGGUACGUCUGCGCCUACGCCUCGGGGUCCACUCGGAUCAAGACGGCGAGAAACUCGCCGUGUUCUACAAGGUCUUUACGAUGCGAACUGUUGUGGAUAUUUGCUCGAUGAGCCCGAAAGUGUACAGCGCGGAGCCGAUUUUCAGAAACAAGCUGCGCUCCAAUGCGCCCCAGAAUACCCAAGGAUACGUGCGAAAGGAAAAUAAUGGCUGGCGAGUUGUGGCCUGGGAUUCGCUGCUGACGCAUUCGCUUACCUCGAGAAAAGAUGAUUUCAUUUCUUUCUUCCACCAUGAUCCCAAAGCGCGAAAAGACCUUGAGAGACUGAAGAAAAAGCUCACGCAUCGACGAUGGCUUCGCGCGAUCGCCGACGAUCCAGAAAACAUCUCUGAAGAUAAUGAUAUUGACGAGCUCAUUAAAUGGGCCGAGGUGCUCGACGUUGACCAAUACAAGGAUAACUGGACGAAUCUUGUCACCUUGCCAAGCUUAUAA